GCUCUUACGUUUAUAUGUCAGCAUAUUAUUUUCUUGAUAAUUUUGUAUAUUUUCAUAAAAAUAUGAUAUUUAGACUAUUACUCUCAUUAUUUUGCGUCUUCUUUUUAGCUAAGGCCGAUGGGGAGACCGAGAUCAAGAGAGGAACAUUUCCUUUUAUGGCUUAUAUUUACUAUCCUGACGAGACAAUACUAGACGCGUUUGGCAACCGUUUUCUUCGAGGAGGAGUUCUGAUCAAAACCGAUUGGCUGAUCACUUCGGGAAUUCAGCUUAGUGGUGUCAACGGUACUCCUGUCGGAUUCCCGCUAAAGACCUUACUAGCUAGACUUGGAGCAAUUACAAUUGAUCCGGAGUUUACAGUAAACGAAGAUGAGGAUGAACAAGAACGAGAGGUCAUACAAAUAGUCCGUCCAUACAACCAUAGUGCGACAUUGUGGUGGCGUACAGAUGUCACCCUUAUGAAGACUCUUUUGCCCUUCAAUUUAACCUCUGCCGUGUCUCCAACUACGCUGACGUUUAGACAUGAUAUUCCUGAGAAGACUUGCAAUAUAUUGAUUUAUGCGAAAAAAGACGGAAACUGGACUGAUGAUAGGAUCCUAACGCAACUGGCUGUGAAGAUGUUACCGCCGUCGAUUGAAAAUUGUGGCAGUAGCUUUUUUGCCCCCACCAUGAUGUGCGCUGGCGACAGCAAUCACAAGAAAUUUUUAGAUAAUAAUCCGGAAUUUUGCGUGGGAAAUAGCGGUGGGCCCUUGAUUUGCGAGAAUGAAGUAGUUGGUCUCCAAACAUACAUUGGCAAUAAUUGCGAGCAACCUCACCUUUAUCAACUUAUAUCCGCAUGGGAGAACCUAAUAUUCUGUAGUACAGAAGAUAACUGCGGAGAAAAACAUUGCGCCAACGUUUGCGUUGUAACAAACAAGGAUUCUAUAAAAGAAACAGAUGUAGUGACAUCCCCAGAAACGACGAUAAAUAUGCUGAAUUUAUCAUCUAAAUUGAUAAAAGAAGAAACAAUUGAUUUGAAAGAGACUGAUAUAACUGUAGGAAGCAGCUUCAUGCCUAUGGUCCCAACUAAAACAAGAGCCACUGAACAAAUAUAUUCUACGAUUUCAACUACAAUCCAGAUAGUGACAGAAUCUAGUUCUAAAAGUACUAUAAAGACUAUAGAAGAAAGUGAGACAAAAUUAUGGCCUAAAGAAAAAAAAUCUGACUUACGUAAGAAAUUUGACGAAGAGGAAUCAGAUAAAAUAGAAAGGAAAUUGAAUACAGAAGCUCAACAUCAAAACGUAUCAAAAAAAGUUCGAAGUGCUGCAGAAAGAAAUGCUUACUUUUAUCAAAGCUUUUUCCAUAUUAUUAUGGUUUUUUGUUUCAUUUAAUUGACUUUAA